GGUCGGGCUCUAGCAUUGGAACUUGCCAAACGCGGUUGUCAUUUAGCCGUGGUGGAUGUUAACAUAGAAGGCGCUGAAGAAACUGUUAGACAAAUUCACGAGAUAUCCAGAGUAAAAGCCAAAGCUUAUAAGGUGAAUGUUACCAGUUUUGCUGAAGUAUCUGAUCUUGAGGCGAAUGUUGUGCGAGAUCUUGGUUCGGUUACAAUUCUUAUUAACAAUGCAGGCGUAAUUUUGUUGCGCAAUCCUUUAGAUCCUGAACCGGAUGAUGUGCAACGAAUGAUUAAUGUUAAUUUGACUUCGCACUUUUGGGUGAGUCAAAUAAUUCGUAACGAGUAAUUGUUGGCUCUAUAACAAAAUGUUCAUUAAUGUUUACAGACAGAAGGCUGCGUUUCUGCCCACUAUGAAGAGAUUGCGCAAAGGACAUAUAGUAACCAUAAGCUCAGCGAUGAGUCUAUUUCCCUUGGCUUACAAUACUGCUUAUACGGCAAGCAAAUGUGGUGCAACCGGUCAUAUGAAGACUCUGCGCUUGGAAUUAGCUCUGGAGAAACAGAAUGACAUCCAUGUCACAACGGUAUUGCCAUCGUUCUUGGACACCAACGAUGAGGUCUCUAAACUUGGCUAUGCUAUCAAGGUGAAUCGAGUUUAUCCCUUGAUUAAAGGAAAAACGGCAGCUCGUCGCAUAGUUUGGGGAAUGCUCGCUGGAGAAAGGGAAAUUAAACUUCCAUAUAUUGUGGAUAUAUUAUAUCGAAUUUGGAACUUACUUCCCAUCAACUGGCAGGAGAGACUGUUUCUUUUGGUCACAUCCAAAAUGUUUCGAUCAUUCUGUGAGAUGCAAGAAGAGUCGAUGAUACUUGGUGUAUAAUAUUAUAAUAACAUAUUGGGAUUGGGGCUGCGGACAAACGAGGCACAUUUCCUUGCCUGAUUAUCGACCCAAUCUCCGCUGGGAGACAUUCGAUUUUCACUCGUUUUGACGAUGGCGUGAAUUAUGAGUGCGUCCCCAGUGCGUGGGAAGUUUUGUGCGAUUGCGGCACAUCAAGUAUGUUAUGAAUUCCCCACUUACCUGUCAAAUGAAGGUCCCCAGCACAUAUGGAAAUCAACUGGAUACCUGUUGAGUGACUAAAGGAUUACU